AUGGUUCAAGUCGAUUCUGUAUUAGAAAAGAAAUUUCUUUCUUUUGAAGAAGGGAAGGUUCUCGUAACUACAAGUCUAAAAACUGGAAGGGGCAUAGAAAUAUUAAACAAAUUAAUAAAUGACAAAAGAUAUUUAAGAUAUGUUUUUUAUUAUUUAAAAUUAUUAUGUACAGUGAAACACAUAAGUAAACACAAAAUAAAGAAGAGUCUAUGUACAUUAGAAAAUGUAAUAAAAUGUAAGGUACAUAAAAUAUUCCAUGAUAUAUGUUAUAAUGUAAAAAAUAAAAUAUUAAUAUAUAACAUAAAAAAGUAUGAUAAAUGUUAUUCUAAUAGUUUUAAAAAGAUAAAAGGAUUAUUUAAAUUGGAAAAAAUAUUCAAAACAUUUAUGAAGAAUAUACUUAUUGAUUUUUUUUCAAAAUGUCUUUUUUCUAAUACAUUGUCCUCUUUAAGAAUAAAGAAUAAAAAUGUAUUUAAAGAAAAUAAUCAAGGUAACUUUUUAUCAUUUGAAAGGGUUUAUAAAAAAAAGGUUGGAAAUAGUAAUAGGUUUCCUUUUUUAAAUGAUUGUUAUAUGUAUCAUAAAUAUAGAUAUUAUAAUAUAUAUCAAGGGGGUUCACAUAACUAUAUAGGUAUGUGUCCUAAAUGUUACUUAUUAUUACAUGAUAAUCAUAAUAAAUCCUCUGAAAAUAUAUAUACAAAAAUAUAUUCUUUCGAUAAACAGAAUAUUGUACAGCCACUAAUCCCUUAUUAUUAUAAAAAUUUACCAUCAAUAAAGGUAUAUCAAAACAGGGACAAAAUUGCAUAA